GCCGGCCCCGGGCGCGGGGGAGCGGCGGAGCCCUCAGCCCGCCGGGUGCAUGGACAGGAGCUCCCUGCUGCAGCUCAUCCAGGAGCAGCUCGACCCCGAAAACACCGGCUUCAUCGGCGUGGAGACGUUCGCCAGCCUGGUGCACAGCCAUGAGCUGCCCCUGGACCCCGCCAAGCUCGACAUGCUGGUGGCCCUGGCACAGGGCAACGACGAGGGGCAGGUCUGCUACCAGGAGCUGGUAGACCUGAUGAGCAGCAAGCGCUCCAGCAGCUUCAAGCGCGCCAUCGCCAACGGGCAGCGGGCGCUGCCCCGCGACGUCCUGCUGGACGAGACCGGCCUCGGCAUCUACAAACGCUUCGUCCGCUACGUGGCCUACGAGAUCCUGCCCUGCGAGAUGGACCGGCGCUGGUACUUCUACCAGCACCGCACCUGCCCGCCCCCCGUCUUCAUGGCAGCCGUCACCCUCACCCAGAUCAUCGUGUUCCUGUGCUACGGGGCCCGGCUGAACAAGUGGGUGCUGCAGACCUACCACCCCGAGUACAUGAAGAGCCCCCUGGUCUAUCACCCCGGGCACCGGGCGCGCGCCUGGCGCUUCCUCACCUACAUGUUCAUGCACGUGGGGCUGGAGCAGCUGGGGUUCAACGCCCUCCUGCAGCUGAUGAUCGGGGUGCCCCUGGAGAUGGUGCACGGCAUCCUGCGCAUCAGCUUCCUCUACCUGGCCGGGGUCCUGGCAGGCUCCCUCACGGUCUCCAUCACGGACAUGAGGGCCCCCCUGGUCGGGGGCUCGGGGGGGGUCUACGCCCUCUGCUCUGCUCACCUCGCCAACGUCGUCAUGAACUGGGCCGGGAUGCGCUGUCCCUACAAGCUGCUGCGGAUGGUGCUGGCGCUGGUGUGCAUGAGCUCCGAGGUCGGCCGCGCCGUCUGGCUCCGCUUCUCGCCGCCGCUGCCGGCCUCGGGGCCGCAGCCCAGCUUCAUGGCGCACCUGGCGGGGGCCAUCGUGGGCAUCAGCAUGGGGCUGACCAUCCUGCGCAGCUACGAGGAGAGCCUGCAGGACCAGUGCGGCUGGUGGGUGCUGCUGCUGUCCUACGGCACCUUCCUGCUCUUCGCCGUCUUCUGGAACAUCUUCGCCUACGACCUGCUGGGGGCACAGAUCCCCCCCCCGCCCUAGCCCGCCCCCUCGCCCCGACCCUGCGGUUCGUUUGUUUGCCGAGCCCGGCGGAGGGGCUGGGGGGUCCCCGCGCGUGACAUGGGGACAGGCCACCCCGCCGCCCGUCCCCUCGGUGCUAGCGAGCGCGCCGCCCGCCCCGGUGUCCCCGCCGCCCCCGCUGUGCCCGGCCCCAGGGGAAGCUCCGGCCCCGCCCCGGCGCCGCCGCCCCUCGGGAAGGAGCCGGGCCCGGGGACCCCCGCCGGCUCCCGGACCCCCUUUCCAGGACCUGCACUUGCACACGAAGGACUGGUGCCAAAAGAGGAGCCAUUUAUUUUUCUAUGCCAAAAUAAAUAUAAAUAAAAGAAAGAGGAAUAAUAAUAAUAAUAAUAAAAAAAAAGAAUAAAAAGAAUACGGGGAGAGCCCGGCAGGAAUCGGCUGAGACCGGCACAAUCAUUUUGGCAGUGCCCUCGGAGGCACAGCCCCCCUCCCCGCGCCCCGGGCCCGCUUUGCUGACCCCCGGCACGGGGGCCUGGCUCGGGAUGGGGGCGCGGGGGGUCCCCGCUCUAACCCCCCCCAGACCUUUUUGAAGUAUAAAUAAAUAUUUUGCACACUG